CUUUCCUGCUUCAGGACCAUCAUCACUCGCAUCCUUAGAGCUUCUCUCCACAGCACAUUCUCUUUAUCCAGAAGACCCCAGCUCCAUCCUGAUCUAGCAGGCUUGAAGCUCUGAGAUUACAGUAAUGGAGAGCUUGCUGGAUAACCCAAUGAAAGCCGUGCUUUACCUCAAAGAACUGACCACUAUCGUACAAAACCAGCAGAGUCUAAUUCAAACCCAGCGGCAGCGGAUCGACGAGCUGGAGAGGAAGGUUGAGGAUCUGAUCGGCGAGAAUCGCCAGCUGAGAGAUCCGCAUCAAUACCACCACCAUCAUCCGCACCACCACCACCACCCACCCCCGCGGACCAGCAGCCCUCAGCCGGCCGCUCACCCGCACCAGCAUUCGGCGACUCACGGUCAAGCCCAGCCGCAGCAACCGCAGCAACCGCAACCGCAACAGCAGCAUCCGUCCAAACAACCGCAGCAUCCUCCGGUAGCUCCCAUCCAUCACCCGCAGCAUCUGCAGCUGGUACCUACAUCCCCACCGACUCUCAAAGCGACCCAGUCCAGCCCCGAGUCCGCGGAGGACGAGAAGAGAAGCCCGUCCUGCAAAUCUCUGGUUCCGCAGACACCUUCGACACUCUGCCGUUCCGUUGGACUCGCCAGGAAACCGGAAAACCAGACCGUUCUACACCAGUUCUGCUGUCCUGCUCCGGAAGCCCCUGAGUCUGAGUCUCAGGCCUGUGUACCCAGUGAAGAGCCACCCUCCCCUUCUCCCAUUGCAACACCAUCACCAGCCGCAUCGCCAUCACCCGAGGUGACCACCACCAGUGCCUCCCAGCCCGAGGUCCAGGUGGAACCUCAGGUUGCAGGGAGCACUGUGACAUCUGUCGAUGCAGGAGGGGGAGAUGAGGAUCGAGAUGGAGAUGGAGAUGGAGAUGGAGGUGAACCUCAAGAGAGAGAGAGUGCAGAAGUGGAGAAGGAAGAGGUGAUGGCACAAGAGAUAGAGCAGGAGGAAGAAAAACCUCAGGAGCAACUGCAUCAACCAAUACAGGAGGAGCUGAAAAAGGAGCCAGAGGAGCAGGAGAGGGAAGCAGCAAGUACGGGAGGCACUGGAAGGAGGCCAAGCUUACAUCACACUGCUUCACCAAUCAGAGUACAGAGGAAUGGAGCAUGCUGCCACUCCACCACCUCCGACUAUGAACUCUCGCUCGACCUCAAAAACAAGCAGAUCGAAAUGUUAGAGCACAAAUAUGGGGGCCACCUCAUCUCACGGCGCGCCGCUUGCAAGAUUCAGACAGCCUUUCGCCAGUAUCAGCUCAGCAAAAACUUUGAGAAGAUCCGAAACUCCCUCCUUGAAAGUCGUUUGCCACGCCGUAUCUCCCUGCGGAAAGUGCGGGUGCAAAAUACAGAGGGUAUCUCAGCUGAACGGGCGCUGGCUGAAGGCUGUAAUUUAGCAAGUAUCCCCCUUGUCCGGUCCCCAUCCCUGCCCACCACAGUAGGUGGCUCCCUCACUGAUCUUGAAGAUUCUUUCAAUGAGCAAGUCCAGUCUCUUGCCAAAUCCAUUGAUGAUGCACUUAGCAACUGGAGCAUGAAGACCAUGUGUUCACUCCAAGAAGGUGGCACCUACCAGUUUAGCUCAGAGGCAUUUAGUACAGCUGGUGACAAAUCUGGGUUGGCAGGGACAGUCAGAGAAGGUGGCCUCACAGACCCUGCCACAUUCCAUAGCGGAACAGGCCUAGUAGACAACUCUGAGAAUAUGGCCCGGAGUGCCAGCAAGCUGAUGAUGGCCUUCCGGGAUGUAACAGUUCAAAUUGAUAGCCAGAACUUUCGCAUGUCCUCUUCCGUUAUGGAGUCCUCCACUUCUGUUUCUCUUGGUAAUUGUGUCCAGCAGGGGGCCAUAAUUACUGAGAGUCCACAGCAACCUCUGUUUAAUUAUGCAAAUGAACAACCUCAACAAGGACAGCCACCACCAUCUCCCCAGGAUCCAGCUCCUCCACCUCCAGAGUUGGAUGUUGAGGACAUACCAGAUGGCGACUUCCCAGCCCCACCACCAAGUGAGGAGGAACUUGGGGAGGAUCUACCACCUCUGGUGCUGGACAAACAGGAACUUCCAGAACCAGCAAUUCCAGCACAGACAGCAAUAACCUCUGAAACCUUGUCUCCACCAGAGGUUGCAGAGAAACCAGUCACCCCAAUUGUAGAAGUUUUGGAAGCUAAACGUAUUGAGUCAGAUACAGCGGACAACAGCUCAGAGCAGAUGAGUAGCAGCAGUACAUCCACGUCGGCCCGGUCAACUUCAGAGGUCUCGUCCAAAGAAGCUUUACAGGCCAUGAUUCUUAGCUUGCCCAGAUACCACUGCGAAAACCCAACCAGUUGCAAAUCUCCUACCCUCUCCACUGACGUCAUGCGAAAACGCCUAUAUCGUAUUGGUCUCAACCUCUUCAACAUAAAUCCAGACAAGGGCCUCCAGUUUCUCAUCUCUCGUGGUUUCAUUCCGGAUACACCCAUAGGUGUGGCGCACUUCCUGCUCCAGAGGAAGGGGCUGAGCCGGCAGAUGAUUGGCGAGUUUCUUGGCAACAGCAAGAAGCCGUUUAACAGAGAUGUGUUAGACUGUGUGGUGGAUGAGAUGGAUUUCUCUGGGAUGGAGUUGGAUGAGGCUCUGAGGAAGUUUCAGGCUCAUAUCCGUGUGCAGGGUGAAGCGCAGAAAGUGGAGAGACUGAUAGAGGCAUUCAGUCAGCGUUACUGUAUGUGUAACCCAGACGUGGUGCAGCAGUUCCACAAUCCUGACACAAUCUUCAUCCUUGCAUUUGCCAUCAUCCUCCUGAACACGGACAUGUACAGUCCCAACAUCAAACCUGACCGUAAGAUGAUGCUGGAAGACUUCAUCCGCAACCUAAGAGGGGUUGAUGACGGUGCAGAUAUUCCACGGGACAUGGUUGUGGGAAUAUAUGAGCGUAUUCAGCUGAGGGAAUUACGAUCGAAUGAAGACCACGUCACUUAUGUCACCAAGGUGGAGCAAAGCAUUGUGGGAAUGAAAACGGUCCUGUCGGUGCCACACAGAAGACUGGUGUGCUGCAGUCGACUGUUUGAAGUGACUGACAUCAACAAAGCCCAAAAGCAAGCUGCUCACCAGAGAGAGGUCUUCCUCUUCAACGACCUACUUGUGAUAUUGAAAUUGUGUCCAAAGAAGAAGAGUUCUGCUGCCUACACCUUCUGCAAGGCCACGGGGUUACUGGGCAUGCAGUUCCACCUGUUUGAGAAUGAAUUCUAUCCUCACGCCAUCACUAUUGUGUCUCCAUGUUCGGGUUCUGAUAAGAAGCAGGUGUUGAAUUUCUGUGCUCAGAGCGCAGAGGAGCUCCUCAAGUUCGUAGAGGACCUGAAGGAGUCCAUCGCCGAGGUGUCAGAGAUGGAACAGAUACGUAUUGAAUGGGAGUUGGAGAAACAACAGGGGGCCAAAACUCACUCCAUCAAGAACAACGGGACUCAACUUGAGUUGAAGGGAAGACAAGGUUCUCCAGGCAAACAGGAAUUGAACACAUCACAGAGCGGACACAAUGCAGUAGAGGUGUCAAUUCACAACAGGCUUCAGACGUACCAGCUCAACACGGCACCGUCGAGCCCUGAGAGCGCCGCCCUUCUCAACCACCAGAGGGACCUCUUCCAGCAGCCUCCAUUGCAGCACGCCAGCCCCACACCCUCGCACUCCUACCAGCCCAUGGCACUGACCGAGAUACGACCAGACACGCUCAUCCAGUGCCAGCAAAUCGUCAAGGUCAUCGUCUUGGACAAAGGCGGUCACGGCCGCAUGGAGGCGUUCCUCAGCCAGAGCCCCACUCAUCACCAGCUCAUCCAGUCUGUGCUCUCCACACCAGUGCGUUCACCCGACAGCGGAGGCAACCAGGGGGGGAACGACGGCUCACAACCUCCAUUGCCUCCACCACCACCACCAUAUAACCACCCUCACCAGUAUAUACCCCCAGAUCCCCGCCUUGCACUGCAGAGGACCCCAAGUGGCUCUCGUAGCCUAAUGUAGAGUAAAAACCAACAAAACUGCAGGCGCACUUUUACAGUAUUUAUCUACAUAUGUAUAUACAUGAAAGAAAUAUAAUGAAAAAAGCUAUCUAUAUACAUAUAUUUAAAGUGACAGACAUGAAGAUAUGAAGACUUUAUUGACUUUGCAGAUAUGUGAAAACAACUAAUAAGAAAAUACGAUUUACUUAAUCGCAGUGUAUUUUGAAGCGUUAUGUAGUUUUAACAAAUUUCUUAACGGUUUUUCGUCUUUCUGGACACAAGCUGAGAUUAUAUUGCUGAGUACUUGUCCUUGACAGGAUUUCUCUGGUGCAUUUUGUUAUAGACAAAAUGAUUUCACGAAAAAAAAAAAAAGUGAUACCCGACAACAUUCGUUUCAAUUCCACUGACACUUGCUUUUGUGUGGGAGCUGGUUUUAAGUGUAAAAUCACCCUUUUGGCUUUUAUUAUCCUACUGAUGUCUAUUUAGUGUGUAUGUGUGUGUAUGCUUUUGACUGGAAAAUGAUGUACGUGCCAAAACGAGGACACCCUCCACCGUGGACUUUUUGCACUCUUGAACGCUUAGGGCUAGAGUAAACAUUUGUGCUUAUAUCGAUCAUUUAGAUUCCCUACAGGUAUACAAACAUUUGAAAAAAAAUAUAUGUAUAUACAUUUAAGCAGUACCAUUUCCCACAAACUGUUUCUUCACCCACUUAUGUGGCCGAUGUUGUAUCCCUGUGAAAUGUGAUUUACUUCCUCAUCACCUGUCUUUGAAAAUGUCUUUUAUGUCACUUCUUUUAACUGAUAUAUGUGUGUAAAUUAAGAAUGUAGAAAGAAAUAAGGCUCUUUCACAUGACUCGUAGCAUUGAUCCCAAGUGUGUUGGCACUUGGGUCAAAAGUUGGAACAUGAAGGGUUAGUUCACCCA